CAUGGUGAAGGAUAACAAAUUUGAUGUGAUUUCUAAUUCUGUAAAGAUGUCGCCACCUUCACCAAGCAUGGUCAUGAAGAUUCUACCAUUGUCGUUACUUCUUCUCUUUGGACUUGGAGUUAGUUAUUCCAGUGCUAUACCAAAUAUCGAAUCACCAGGUGACGAACUGAUGCUCUUCCUCUUCAAUGACACUUCUUGUCCGACAGAAUGUGUCUGCAAUAACACACUCCAGUCCAUUUACUGUAAAGAGGGCUACCGAGUCCAUUUUGCAUCCUUCGUCGAAGACAUUUCAAAAGUGGUGCAGAAUUUGACGGUGGUUGGAGCGUGGUUUCCCAAUAUCCCAGGAUAUUUGAACAAACUUCAUUCCUUACAACACUUGGCUUUCCCCGAAUGCAGAAUAGAAACAAUCAAUGAGACAGCUUUUACUAACAUGACCAACUUGGUUGAACUGAAUUUGAGCGGAAAUUUGUUGCAUUCAUUGGACGAGAGAGUAUUUAGUAACCUAUCAUCAUUGCAGGUGUUGGACUUGAGUCAUAAUUUAAUCGACCGACUUCCAGAGAAAGUUUUCAAAUUGCUCAUUUCACUUAAAGUCCUGAAUAUCAGGAGCAACAGAAUUCAGUACUUUGCUUCCAAGACAUUCCAUAAUCUUCGUAAUCUUAACUAUUUGGAUAUAAGUUUUAAUCAGCUUCACUUCCUUGAGUCCAAAUCACUCCAGAAAUGUUCCAAAUUGCAGUACUUACUUUUGGGAUCAAAUUCGCUCCGCUCUCUGCACGAGGACACUCUUUUCAAUCUCACCAAACUUCGUGAUAUCGAACUUGACAACAACCCAUGGGUCUGUAGCUGCAGUUUGCAAUGGCUAGCUACAGAGCUCAAUUCCACGUCGUCCGAUCGAAUUUACAAGAACCCUCACGAUAUCAAAUGUCAAUCCCCAUUGAGGCUAAAAGCUCAACAAGUCCGCAUGAUUACCUUGGCAAACAUGGAGUGCACCGAACCUGAUAUUUUGUCCGCAACGGAAAGCCAGGCUGUGAUAUAUCAGGAUCAUAUGGUGUUACGCUGCAACGUGUCUGGCUACCCGAGACCGUCCGUUUACUGGAUAACACCCCUGGGCGAGUACGUUGCUCACGAAUCUCAACGUGAAUGGAUCAACCUGGAAACAGAUGCACUGGUCACUUUCAACGGCAUGCCCACGUUCAACGAGGCAAGAGCAACGCCACUAGAAGACGGCUCACUUUACCUCAGUAACUUCCGUAGAUAUUUCGCCGGCAGCUUCCAGUGCAUCGCCGUCAACCCAGUUGGCAACACAAACUUUUCGAUAACAGUUAACAUUACGAGUAGGAUGCCCCAGAUUCAGGUUAUGUGUUUUAUUGUCGGUUUCAGCUCAAUGGGGCUCGGGAUUAUAAUGGGGUUGAUUGGCGGUUGCAUCCGUCUGCUCGUCGACUACCUCUCGAGGGAAGAUGAAAAGGAGAGCGAAGUUACGGAAGUGGAAGAAGAGGAGAAAUUCUCUUCCAUGGAGUCGAUUUCACCUGCUCAUUCGCCGAAACGAUGGCCACGGCACUCGCCAGGUGGCUCACCGACGAAACCUUACCCGUACUACACAGAUGAUGAGUAUGAUUCGGAUGAAGGGCAUGGUAAGGAUACGUUUACGAAUGAUCUGAAGGAUAUGAAAGAGACCCUGGAUGAGAUGCAUGUACGUCUGCGACGAGGCAUGCAGCAUACGACAGAGAAGAUGCGCACUCGCAUGAAAGUGCAAACCGUCCAAUUGAAAGAGUCGACCAGCCAUUACAUGCAUACGAUACGCGAUUCCAGCGCCCAUACGGCGCACAGAAUGCGCGCCGGUAUGGCAAUGAGUCUUGAGCAAAUGAAAUCUGGCGUACAAUCAAUCAAAGAAUUUUGCGGUACUGGCGACAUGUCUCACACCGUAUCUACGGUUUCUGUUUCGACAGAUGUCGAUUCGCAGGAGAUGACAACUGUUGUCAAAAAUAUCACUUACGUUUAAUCGUAACUGAAGGAAAUGCUUGUCUUACAAUGUAAAUUGUGUCAUCUAGUGAUGAAUUUCUAAACUGCUUUACACCAAGUGAAACAUGGCUUGCUGCAUGUACAUUGUAGUUACCCAAGAUGUUAUUCGUGUUGAUGUUAAGACAUGUGCUGGUCACAAUAUCAUAUGAUAUGAGAGACUUAUCUGGUUGUUUCACUUAGCUUUGAAGUGUUGACAUGGUCUUCCUCUUCAUAACAUUCCAUUAUCUCAGAUACGCCACAUAUCAGAGAAGUAAACUGACAAGAGUUGAACGUGUAUAGUAGUUUAUGUAUAGUUGGUGUAGAUAAAGUAUUUGGUAGGAUGGGUCUAGUUAGAUAACUUGUUGUUGUGUCUCACCACCUACAAGGAUGUGGGCUAUUUCAUUCUUUUGAUAUGUUUUAUAAUCCCCAUGGCAGAAUAACAUAAUUUAUAACAUAACACAAAUUGUACGACCAGAAACUACCCGGCAAUUGGUCCUGUCGAUAGGUUUUGGCAAAUCAUAACUUUGGGGGCAUUUCAGUCCUUGCCUUCAUCAUCAUAUGUUUAUGGCAAUUGUUGCCGGUUUUAGCCGCAUAUAGAACUGAAAAUUGUGCACUUAAUCUAAAAAUGGUGCACUCGAUGCUAGUUUAGAAGCACGCUAUAUAUUAUGUAAGUUGCUAUCAGUAUUACGUCACCAUAGUUAUUCCAGUCUGUUAAAGACGAAAGGCGCAGUACUGUACCCCAGGUUGACCUGGAUGAUAAGAAGAUACACAUGUCUUCGGUAUAAGUUGGUGAUCAUUCUUUACUGUUCAAAUUCAAAAUGUAUUUGGUUUUAUUGUUUUUGCAUCAAAUUCUCUAUUCUGUCUGAUUUGUUGUGGGAAACCGGUUAUUAUUAUUAUCAUACUCUCCUUACUUCGCUUUCAAAUUGUGGAUUAUCUUCUGCCUUAUAUAAUGUUAUUUUUCCAUAUCAAAUCCAUUCCUACUAAACUGUGAUCAAUUUAACCCUCUGUUGUACAUAUCCAAGGUUAUUUUCUUAUUGCACCAGUGUAUUCUAUUUUGAAAAAAUAAAACCUAUGAAA